AUGGCACGCAGGGCCCAUAACAAGUCUCGCCUCGGAUGCCGUGUUUGCAAGCAGCGCAAGAUCAAGUGCGAUGAAGGCAAACCCGCCUGCGAUCGAUGUGUGGCCACCGGCCGCCAAUGUUCGUACCUCAGGGACGCACCAGAUAUUCCAACACCUGCGUCGUCUCUGUCAGUUCCCAGUCGAGACGCGACACAUCUGCCGACAACACCUCAGCUCACGCCUGUCGCCCAUGAUGCCACGGCUUCCCUACAUCAUCCUGAUGAGCAACCACCUUGCUUGGACAAUCUAUCACUCACGGAGAACAGGUUCAGUCUCGCACACUUGCAGCUGUUGGACCACAUGAGGAGUAGCAUGACGACUUCAGGACCCAUCUUUCACUAUGCGAUAGAGCGAGGCUACAAACUGGCCCUCCGAGUCCCAUACCUCAUGGAUCAACUACUUGCCCUUGCGGCAGCUCACAAGAGCAAGGUCGCCCUCGAGAACGGCGACGAAAGACUUGAGCGUUUCUUUCGCAUGGAGGCCACGAAGCUCCAGACCAGGGCACUGUCCGGCGUCGCCCUCGCCCGCAACGUAGUGAACAGAGAAAACGCAGACGUUCUCUACACCUUUUCCGGCUUUCUCGGGCACCACGUCUUGUUUGACACCUUUUCGACUCGAGGGCCCCUUUCGGUGACCCUGGACAAGCUUGAACAAUGCUUCGAACUAAACCAGGGCAUCCGCUUCACCGCCGGUACCGAAUGCGCCGGCAUCCUCCAACGGCUGCGGGGCGGUGACCUUGACCAGGCUGUUGCCGACGUGUACUGCGAGACGGUCAACAUCCUGCAGUACCUGCUCGACUCGUCACAGUCCUCUGCGAGCGAGCGAAGGGUUGGCGUCGUCCAAGAGUGGCUCGUGAGGGUACCGUAUGAAUACCUCACCUAUCUGCGACAGAGACGCCCCGAGGCGAUUGUGAUACUUGCCCACUAUGCCGUCUUGCUGCACCGAGCGAGGGAUUACUGGGCUGUGGGCGAGGCGGGUCGCUUCUUAAUCCAGGAGAUAGGAAGCUAUCUGGGCGGUUACUGGGCAGACUGGCUCGCCUGGCCGCAGCAGGCACUGGAGGACGGUUGA